AUACAAAUACACUUCCUCGUUACAGAUUUUAGCGAAUCACAAUCUGUGUGUGAAAAGUGUGCCCGGGUCCUAAUUUCUGGAUUAUUCUCGAUUUAACUGUUCUAUGUCAUUAUCAACGACAGUCAGAUUUGUCGUUUAGUGUUGUCUCUACCUAACAUGUCCGUGUGAUGGUGACGUCAUGGCGUCCUUGUAUGACAGAGAUAUUCCACAGCCUUUACAGAACAUAGGCUGCCAGGAUUUACUUAAGACAGAAAACAACUACAGCGGAUGGCUGCGGAAGCGUCAUUUUGUCAACAAAUUGGAAAUUUUCAAUUGGCCUCAGGUCUAUGUAAUCCUCAGCAAGGGUUGCAUAUACUAUUUCAAAAAUGAAUACAGCAAGAUGGCACUCGGCAAGUUCUCAUUCUAUGGGUACAACAGCGUCAUGCGUUCUAAGGCCGUGGCACCAAAACAAGGACCAUGGGCAUUCCAGGUCGUCCACACCCACAAAGAAUUCAAAACGUACUACUUCUCCGCGCCAUCAGAGCGAGAAAUGAAGGAAUGGAUGAAACAGGUAAAAGGAACGUUGGUGGAUGCCAAUGGAAAGUCAACAGAAUAUUACACGUACCGACAAGCAGCUAAAGAAAGUAAAGAUAAGUUGAUCGAGGACGAAGCUGUGACUUACCACGAAAUAGAGGCCAAUAUAUACGGAGACGUGCCCUCAUUUACUGUAGACCAGGACUACAAGAAGAAAUACAGAGUUAAAACCAACGACGAAGAGUCUGACGAGGAAGAUGAUGAGCCAGCCACCCGACCCCCAGACCUACCACCACCUCGAGAUCGACCCCCACAACCUCUGCCCGACCUUUCUCCAAACAGUGGCUCUGCGUCGGCUUUGGGUACCAAUCUCCCGGAUAUACCGGCCCACACCACGCACACGACAUCCAGGGGCCCUCUUCCGGCCACACCUGAGGACCCACCGUCUGUGCCUCCACGGAAGGAAAGCACCGAAACAAAAGGAGGUACCAAAACAAAAAAGAGAAGUUCAAAGGAAUCUAGAAACAACAAUCGGAACGGACCUGAGCCAACUGUGUACGAAAAAGCUAAAAAUGUCGAACCACAACCGGAACCAGAACCGGAACCAGAACCGGAACCAGAGGACGGAGGUUCUUAUUGGGACGAUAUUUACUACACAAACGACACGGACCAUAACAAGGCCAGCGAGAUAAUUAGAAAGCUUGAGACGGAUGGUACAUUCCUUGUCCGCAACGGUACAAAAGGCAAGGUAUUACUGGUCUACGCGGAGAAUGGUCUAAAGAAAUACCAAAUUCAAGUGGAGAAAGAUAAAUAUUUCCUGAAGGGAGAUGGCCCUCAUGCAGAUUCAUUAGAGGAACUUAUGUACGAGUACCACAUGGUUAACAUUCCUAAUUGUGACGUGAAACUGAGUCAACCUUAUCUACAUCAUCCGUCGUAUAAGAACCUGAAAUGACAUCCUCAUUGGGCACUCAGGCACAGAUUCAAAUCAAAUAGAAAUUACAUUGAACAUUUGUAUAGAGUGUCCAAUUGUAUGACAGACAUAGGUAUUAACAUUGUCUUCUUAGGUCUUCUUAGGCGUUGUAGUAGACUUUCUUAUCACCCAUAGUUCAAACUACAGCUGGCUAGCAGGUGUAUAAAAUGUUAAAAAA